CUCGGGGGCGGUUUUGUUUUGGCGCGUGAAUUUUUCGACAUGUUGGAGGACAAAAACAUCGCUCUAGACGUCCCCUGCGACGUCAACCCAUUCCUGGAGUUGUCGUUGCCGUUGAAGCUGUGCAGCGGUUGCGAGUCAAGCGGGGCAGGGGCGGAGGGCGGUGAUCUGGGUUCUGGUCCCGCCACUCAGCUGCAUCGUGGCGAGAGUCGAGGUCAGUUCGACGACAGCGAGGAUGAGGGGACUGCUCUGCCGUUGAGUGACACGCGGCGGUCUGUGUUAUCUAUUCCUGGGGUUCAGACUGAUGCUCCUGCUCAGCGGAAGAGUACGGGGCCUGCAGUACACGUGGCAACCUAUUCGGAGGUCGACUUGGAGACGAGCGAGGGACAGGGUGUGGAGGAGGUGGACGCGGGAGGCCUAGGCUCUCAAGGAGCUCCGCAAAAGAGGAGGGGGGAUCGUCCAGACGAGUUCGCCGGUUCUACGAAGAAGUUAAAGAGCAAGGCCCCCAGGACUGCGGGGGAGAAACGCAAGGGGACCGAGGGGGAGCAGGGCCGGCAGGUUGCCAAACGACCGUCUUCGAGACAGAAGCAGCCUGAGUCUGGACCGUCUUUUCCACCGACAACAGGGACUCCCAUCGACGUCGACGCCGGGUACUUCCUCGAGUACAAAGACGGCGUUCGGACAAAGCGGGAGUUCGACAUUAGCCCUGCGCAGGUCGUCGACCUCGGGGACUGGGAGGACCUGUACAACCAGCGGUCCCUGGAUCCCGUGCUUGUGGAAGGGAUCAAAGAAGCGAUGCGGUUGGCGUUCGAAAACAAAGCGCAGUCUUACGAUUUACCAACCCUGAAACUGGCGCCGUUGGGGCUUGAUAAACCGACUCCGGGGACCAGGGUAGAACGUUUGAGACCGGAGGAUUGGAGGGAUGAGCUGGCGGGACAAUACUACUACUACGCGGUGUGUGGGCAGCACAACGCGGCUGUAGCGAGGUCGCUGCUCGGCAGCGAGGUGGCCAGGAAAUACAAUUUCGAGCGGUGGCCUGCACGAAUGGUCUACUUUUCGGACGACGACUUCGAAGGGUACUUCCUUGUCAGUUCCCAGGACAACAAGAAGAACCUGAAGGCGCCCCCACGACAACUGAAGCUGUCAACGAGGGACAUUAGGUGGCACUGGAAGCGCGCCGGUUGCCCGCGUGCUGUUAUGGGGAACCCCAUCGGAAAACAGGAUCAGGUCCGGAAGUCGCGUGAAUUCUGUAAUGUCGCACUCAACAUGACACCGCACAACAACUUGUGGAUUCUCGCAAAUCAGCAGGGCGAGGAGGCCAUCAGAAAACAAGGCGCUGCCCUGCGUUCCUAUUUCCCGCUGGCGAUGGCAGGGGAGAACGUCUGGAAAUUGGCCGUCGAGUUUUUCGAGAAAUGGGAGAUAGGCAGAUUGCUCGGACACGACGGCGCAAAGUGGAUCAUGUGGAAGAAGAAAGUCAAAAACGUGAAGCCUGGGGUUGCAUACAUCCAUAAUGACAAGUUGGGCAGGAAGGAGGUCGUGUACAACGUCCCUGUGGAACCGCCGUCAAGGAAAGGCAAAAAGGAGAAAGAGGAGGGCGAGUGGUUCGUGCAAGUGCCAGAGCCGAACGUGCAUUGUUGGAAAACGAUGGAGUCGCUGACAGACAACGAGAAGUGCCGCGUCCUGAAGAAGGUGCUCGCUUGCGAGGUGGUUUGGGUACAGGCCGUCUCCCCGGCGUUGGCGAAGCUCGGAAAGCUGAGCGUCCACGAGGUGGUGAAUUUGGUGAAGUGCGACAGGGUGCUGGUGCGUAUGUGGAACUACUACCAGUUCAAGCACGACAAAAGGCCGGACGCGGAUUGGAAUCAGAGGUUCCUGUUCCUUAAAUCAAGGUCCUCAAUUUUCAAACAGUUUGAGAGUCGUGGUUUGGAUGCUGAGUUGUGGGACGGGAGUACGAAAUACGUCACUGACUCCUCGCUGUUCAAGAACUGCCCGCCCUACAUGGGCUGCGACGACGACAGAUCGAUCGAGGCGACGAAGAAGCUGGCCGGUCACAAGAAGUUGUCCGUCGACUGGAGGAAUAAGGUCAUGUCCGUGUUGACUGGCAGUAGACUGAAGAGUCGAGAGAUCGCGCUCGCCGAAGGCAUUGUGCACAUAAAAUGGAAUGACACGGGCGACGUGACACCCAUCGCGCCAUUCGGCAACGACCCCUUGGAGGCAAACGUAAGGAGUGCGGAGGUGAAGGAGGCAGUGGUUGCCACAAAGAGUCACACGUUCGUCCUCGAUCUGUGCGAACCGGUGGACCUGAAGCUUUGGAAACCGCAAGCGUUCGACACUCUGAAUUCCCAACUCCAGACGUGGUGUCCGUCGCAUUGGACGCUCGUUGUUUUUGUCCCGCGGCAGCAGAACCUCUCCUUUCUGGCCAGCAUGAACCAUCUUUCUUUCGUCAAGCUGUUGGAAGGGAAGUGGGUGAGGAGGAAUCAACAGAAGAAAAGCUUCCCCGUCGGGAACAAUUUGUACACGGAAGAUGACCGGAUGUACAUACUCUUCAAAGGCGACGAUUUGCGGGUCAACACGUCCGUCGUCUACGAGGGGAAACUGCCGGCAGGCGCCGCUGCUGCAGUGCGGGUACCACAGAAGGUUACGCAAACGGAUGUGUCUGACAUCCCAUUCAACAAUUGCGACUGGUCGCAUACCUCGCCUGCACGUCGGGGCAUUGUGUACGGGGACAUGGAACGCAACCCCGCCCAAUUCUUUCAGCGUCUCAAAUCCAUCACCAAGAAGGGGGAGGGUGUCGUCUUCCUCGGGAACCUACACGCGCGCGAGGUCAAUUCGGGUGCCCACAAUUGCGAGUUCAUGGUCGUCACCGGAACUCGGGCUCGCGCGUGGAACAACAAGACGGACAUGUGGUUCAAGUUGAGUGCGAGGAAGCGGAACAAGAUAUACGACUUCUUGUUCCUGCAAACGCAGCCGAAGAGAGACACCGACGCCGAGUACGUGCGCCGCAAGGACCACAUGUUCACAUUGCUCGACAACUACCAUGGCGCCUCCCGCAUGAACGCGAAGACCUUCCUCGAGAGGUUGCAGUCCCUUUACUUCGUGGAGUCAGAGGAGGAGCUGACGUUCGGCAGUUACUCCUCCUUGAUCUCCACGGAAGACGAGGAGACCACCGGCGUCGAGUUCGACGCGACCGCGAACGAGGAGGGCAGCGACACCGAAAGCCUCGAUCUGCAGUACGGCCAACAUUCCGCGCAGCACAGUACAGGGUCGUCCUUGGCAGGUCCGUCGACAAGCCCGGCGUCCCUCGUGUCACCGAUGGCGAAACCGGCGCCUGGCACUACCCCGAUGAAGUUGCUGCAGAGAAUGCAAGCUCUGGCCUCCGGCCAUCACUCACUGAGUCCCGGGUCUGACAUCCCGCCCGAUCAUCUGUCUUGGACAAAUGCCAACAUUCACUUCCUGCCUGAGCCUCAAAGUCGUUCCACGGAGGCGGACUGGGGCCAUGACAUGAUUUGGCAUCCAGGAGUCAUCCAGCCGGCGAUCCAAAAAGGGUCCCGGGGACCGAAAGGUGGGGAGAACGAGGGCGACGAGGCUGGGGCCGGCAAACGAGUCCCGGGGCGACAACAAGACGGCGACGAGGCUGAGGGCGGGUCUCAGGGCGACACCACGACGGCGGAAGGCAGCGGCGGGGUGGCGGGGGAGGCCCUCGGGCGUCAGCAGUCUACCGGUCCCAAUCCGAAAUGCUCGACACAGUCGGAGGACGUGCCCAGUUCAUCCGCCUGCUCGGUGAUGGCGGCCUUGGUUGCUCUCCGCGCCGGCUCGGUCGAAACAUUCAAGUCCGCCGGGAUCCGAACUUCAAUGCUUGCAGAGCGGACAGAGAGGACGGACGCACAGAGCUGGUCAGGAGCGGGGGUGGCGAGUCCUCAUCCCAAAAUAGACAACGGUGCGGUGAGGGACAGGACUUCGCCGCCUGCGAGGGAUCGCCAACCACUUCGGUCGGAGCGAAAGGGUGCGUGUGGAGGGCCCGGUGAAAGGGAGACGACGAAGUUCACCGGGAUCCGAACUUCUCCAGGCAAGGAGUGUGGAGGGCCCGGCGACAAGGAGACGGCGAAGUUCGCCGGGAUCCGAACUUCUUCACGCAAGGCGUGUGGAGGGCCCAGCGACAGGGAGUCGGCGAAGUUCGCCGGGAUCCGAACAUCUUCAGGCAAGGGGGGCCAACCAAGGAUAUUGGUGCAGGCGAGAGGGGUUGCGUGCGACGGGCGGGAAGUGCAUUCAUCAGGAAUCGACACGGGUUCGGGCGAAGUGGCUGCAUUGCAUGCAGGGGAAGAAGGCAGGGUGAUGGACAAAGAGAAGGAAGUGGAGGAAGGACACACAGGGGAGGAAUUGGAGGAAGGAAGGGAUGAAGGGGAGGAAGAAGAGGAUGAAGGAGAGGAAGGGGAAGAAACGGAGUUGCUGUACGGAGAACACCGCGAGGAAGACGAGGACGACGAUGACACGGCACUGGGUAUGGAGACACAGAUGGUCACAAGCCUUUCGGCAGAACGUGAUGACUACGACGUCCAAGCAAUGACGUCUGCCGUCGAUCUCCAACACCGGUUCAACGAAGCUCGUGUAGCAGUCAGCCUGACUAAACCGAGUGUGCGUAUUGACAUCGAAGAAGUUAUCGACGGCAUCCUGGGCGACCACCAAAUGUCCGCGCAGCCGUCCUCAACGCCUGGUGUCGACGACCCUCUCGACGUCAAACCUUCCGGGGGAUCUGUCAUCGAUUUCUCGCCGACGAGCCCUCCGAUGCUGCCGCCAACCAUCGCCAGCGGAGGAGAACGCGGGAUCGGGGGACGACAAGAUGUCACAUCCCCGAAAAAAACUGUCGUCGGCACUCGAGCUCUCGACGUGCUGGCCUUGCCUGCGCCAACUUCGCCGAUUAAGAAGCGGAGAGACAAACCAGCUGUGCGGGCCACGACACCUGGAACAGCAGUGACUGCGAUUGAAAGCUUGCGGGUUUUGGACGACAUUGAACGAGGCUUGGUGCCACCUGACACUGUACUCUCGACCCUCCACGAUGGUCAGUUGUGAAUUGCAGAGAAGGAUAUUCUCACCCUCUCACUUACCGACGGCAGGGUGAAUGAUGAGGUGGUCAACUUCUACAUGGCGCUAUUAGGAACGACCGCAUAUGGGACAAGUGACAUCCCGCCAGGCCUUCGAGUCUUCACCUUUAAUUCUUUCCUCUUCAGUAAACUGCAACUUCAAGG